AUGCGGCACGAUGGGAGCGAGGACGAUCGCGCCUCCUGCUCAAGCUCCUCCUCGACGCGCAGCCGCUCACGGUCACGCUCUCGCUCGCCGACGUCGCUGUUCGAGGACUCGCUCUUUACGCUCUUCUCGCACAACCAACCGGCACACGGCGACCCAGGCGACGUAUGCAAGUACACGCACGACAACCUGCCACCACGCAAAAUUGCCUCAACGUCCGGCUCAGGAGCACGCAAGGCGACGCUGCGCUACCGCAUCGCGCAGAACAGCGGAACCAACACGAAGCUAUUCGCGCACCACCAGUGGGAUGCCGGACUCUACCUUGCGGACCUCAUCGCCGAGCAGAGCUUUGUCCCGACACAAAGUCAAGCCGCGUCCGAGGUGGCGUUGGGGAAGCAGAGAGAUGCAUUUGCCGAUGUGCGAGGAAAGGCGGUGGUGGAGCUGGGUGCUGGAACCGGCUUGCCUGGGCUGGUGGCAUGUGUGAUGGGCGCGGCCAAGACGGUGAUCACCGACUAUCCGGAUCCGCACGUCAUCGAAAAUCUUCGAGGAAAUCUCGAACUCGCUCUUGUUCCAAAGCAGCAAGCAUCGGACAGCAGCUCCCAGAAACAGCGCAACCCGCAUUACGCCGAGGCGCGGGCACGGGUCGAGGUCCUCGGUCUCGGUUGGGGCAAUCACGAUGAAGAAGCGCGUGUCUACAAUUCAUCUCUCUCGUCCGGUGGAUCGGGCGGGGGGUACGAUGUGGUACUAGCUGCCGACGUGCUGUGGGUGUCGUCAGCCCAUCCGUUGCUGAUCCAUUCGAUACGCGCGCUGCUCAAGCGGGAUCGCAACGCACGCUGCGUCCUCAUUGCUGGCUUUCACACGGGUCGACCUGCCGUCCGACGCUUCUUCGUGCAGCUUGCUCAGGCCGACACAACGGGCGAUGCGACACUAGCAGACGGUCGAUGCGCAGGGAUUGUGCCCGAUUGGGAAGAAGCAAGCUAUGGCGGUAUCUGGGAGCGCAACAUUGACGGAGCCACACGCGCCUACUCCGACACCGAAGACGACAUGGGUGACAUCAGCGACCGUGGCAGCUGGGUCGUCGUCGCCUCUCUCAGAUGGGCUGAUCUGGCAUGA